CGCGAGAUAGACCUGACUGCUGUAGUAGACAUUUGAAGUUGUCAUUCUCUAACGGCUAGGAUAGAGGAAAACCUUCCUUCUUUGUGUGUACGGACGUGUGUACUAGCUCAUCCCAUUUGACCCAAGGGGCCUAAACAGACGACACGCAAUGUUGACAACUUAGCUACUCUUUUCAAUUUUUACUUCAUUUGAUUUUGUGCAUUCUUUACUUAAUAUACUUGACUCUUUUUUUUCUCGUCAGAAGUUCACGCAAAGUAAAUAAAACAUGUGGAUGCUUUGAUAGUAGUGCGAUUGCACAUCAGUGUUGUUAAAUUUUUGCUGUAACAACACAACAAAAAAGUUUAGGGCUACAUAAUGUUUCCUUCAUUCGGUAUAAUCGGCGCCACAGCGAUAUUUAUAUUUUUCCUUCUUGUGUAUCUCGGGGGAACAUUCUUUCGAGAUUUUUACACCAUUUACAUUGGCGCCAAAACCGCCAGAGCGAUACGUCGUUCCGUGAGGAAAAGGAUGUUUCUGAUCGACCAUUUUGAGAGGCAGGUAACCUACAGACAGAACCACCCGUUGGUCAUCUUCAAAGAAGAGACGUACACCUACCAAGAUGUGGACAAAAUGGCCAACAAAGUUGGGCACGCGUUGGUCAAGCUAGGGGUCGGGGCAGGAGAUAUUGUUGCCCUAGUGAUGACCAAUGAGCCUGCAUUUAUUUGGUUAUAUUUGGGAAUACUUAAGAUCGGAGCGCGCAUCUCUCUAGUCAACCACCAUUUGAAGUGCGACUCCUUACGUCACAGUAUCGUCUGCAGCGGACCCAAGUUAAUCAUACUUGGUAAAGGCUACGAUGAAGACUUACCUAAACGUGUCCACAACCUGGAGUCGAAGCUGACAACGCCCACCUAUGUCUACAACCCGCACAAUGAGCAACUGUUCCCUUGUCUAGACAUUUACAUGAAAGAAGCCCCCGAGUCCAGGGUAAAUCCCGCCCUGAGGAGCAGAGUGCAGCUCUCCGAUCCUGCAGCAUAUAUUCUUACGUCCGGAACGACAGGUCUUCCUAAACCAGCUAUUAUAACACAUAGGAAGGCUCUUGAAUGUAGUCACAUGUAUGGCCCCGUGGGGUUCUCAAAGCACGAGGUCAUGUACCUCACUCUGCCUUUGUAUCAUGCAUCCAGUGUGAACCUGGCACUCCAUAAUGUUAUCAAUGUUGGAGCUACUUUAGUGCUACGAGAGAAAUUCUCAGUUUCCCACUUUUGGUCCGAUUGUUGCAAGUAUGACGUCACAAGUUUUCAGUACAUCGGGGAAAUGUUACGCUAUUUGGUCAACCAACCAACGGACCCCAAUGAGAACAGACACAGUGUUACAAAAGCUAUCGGGAAUGGUCUACGCCAGGACAUAUGGACCAAAUUCAGGAGACGCUUCCAGAUCCGACAUAUUUAUGAGUUCUACGGCUCCACUGAGCUACCGGCAAGCUGCUCGAAUCUCUUCAACGUACCAGGAAGUGUCGGUCGGCUGUCGCCGCUCAUUAGAUACUUCACAAAUUUAAUUCUUGUUCGGAUCGAUCCUAACACCAACGAACCAUUCCGGAAUCAACUCGGUCGAUGUGAACUAAUAAAAACAGGAGAGUUUGGUAUCCUGUUAGCAAGACUGACAGAUAAAGUCACGUUUGAUGGCUACCUCGGCCCAGCUUCAGACACAAGCUGCAGAAUCAUCAAAGAUGUACUGGAAGUGGGGGAUUUUUACGUCAAGACCGACGAUGUCUUUACACUGGACAGUCACUACAACUUGUAUUUUAAGGACCGCAUCGGGGAUUCAUUCAGGUGGAAAGGUGAAAAUGUCUCUACAGCUGAAGUUUCCAAUGUGAUGAACGCUGCAGACUUUAUUUUAGAUACCAAUGUCUUUGGAGUGGAGAUACCUGGGUGUGAAGGUAAAGCAGGUAUGGCCGCCAUCAACAUAAAAGACAAUGAAGACCUAGAUGGCUCCAAAAUUUCAGAGCUAGGGCACCUGUGUAGGGAAAAGCUACCUGGAUAUGCAAGGCCAAGGUUUCUUCGUGUUCAGCAACAGAUGAGUUUGACCAGCACUUUUAAACAGCAAAAGACUGACCUGGUCAAAGAUGGUUUCAACCCCAGCACCGUAAGAGAACCAUUAUACUAUCUCGACCGAUCAACUGACGAAUACAAACCACUGGCCGAUGAAAUAUAUCAGGAAAUAAUCAAUGGCCAACUGGCAAUGUGACGAAGGGACUAUUUGUCAAGUGUUAUCAUUUUCAAUUGAUCCUUCCAAAAAGCUACCGAACAAGAAAAAGAACCCACAGAUCUAGGACCGUAAAAACAUUACGCAGUUGUUGUUUUUUCUGUAUUAUUUGUUUGAAAGUCAGUCUUGCCUUAAUUUGUUAUAAUACAUUAUAUUUAUUAUUACUAUUACAGCGGAUGCAUGCCACGAACUGUGUUUAAAAAGAAAGUUUUUUUUUGUAUAGAGUUUUAUUGAUUAUUGUUUUUUUUUAUUAUCUUAUUAGAGUUCUUUAAACAAGAAAAUGAUAAAGUAUUAUCUCUUAGUCCACAUUUUACGAAAAAAUUGCAGUACUUCCACAUAACUAAUCAGGCCCAAUAGUUACCCACAUUUUUUGUUACAUCGCAUGUAGACAAAGCCAGAGUUGUGUUUAAGUUUUCUUUUCGCCUAUCAAGAUCAGUGUUUAACUCAGUGCAUCUGUAGAACACUGCGUUGUGUCUCUACUCUGUCUGUACCUUCAUUCAGCAGAAACGACUACAAAGACAUGAAAUUUUAUAAUAAAAAGGAAAUCCAAUUCUUUGAUGUUUUCUUGUAAAGCAAUAUGCUUUCCGUCUCUUACUUAACUGUUAAUGUUGCUUCUGUUUAAAACCUGAUCUUGUAAAAAGUUGUAGUUUUUUUUUUUUUAAAGAGACAUUUAUGUAAAUUACAGAGAGACACUUUGUUGUUUUGAGGAUCUAUAAUCUAUAAUCCAUUUUUUUUUUGUUCUGUUUGAUAAUUUUUCCAAAUAUAACUAUUAUAAACUAUCAACUCAUUAGUCGGUGUAUAUUGCGAUGGUGCUGAGUGUAACUAUGAGGCUAAAUUCUAGGCUAGCAUAGAGAUUUGAAUCUAGAUCUAGUCAUUACGUUAUUAUAAUGUUGUUGUUGUUUUGUAUUAUAAUAUUGUGCUUUUUUACUUUUUUUAUCUAUUUUUAUUAUAUGUCAUCGCUUAUUAGAUCUAUAUGUUUAACUAUGUGUGCAUACAAUUUAAAAUAACAUGCUUUCAUCUUAAGUUUUUGAGUUAUUGAAGUAUAAUCUUGUCAAGGGACAUUAUCAUAACUUGAAGCGUGAAAAUAAAAUGUAUUAAAUACA